CAGACGCUGUCGCUGAGGAGCCGUCUGUGCCGCUUAGCCAUGGUUAACCCAACCGUGUUCUUCGACAUCGCCGUGGACGGCGAGCCUUUGGGCCGCGUCUCCUUCGAGCUGUUUGCAGACAAAGUUCCAAAGACAGCAGAAAACUUUCGUGCUCUGAGCACUGGUGAGAAAGGAUUUGGUUAUAAAGGUUCCUGCUUUCACAGAAUUAUUCCAGGAUUUAUGUGCCAGGGUGGUGACUUCACACGCCAUAACGGCACUGGUGGCAAGUCCAUCUACGGGGAGAAAUUUGAUGAUGAGAAUUUCAUCCUGAAGCAUACAGGUCCUGGCAUCUUGUCCAUGGCAAAUGCUGGACCCAACACAAAUGGUUCCCAGUUUUUCAUCUGCACUGCCAAAACAGAGUGGUUGGAUGGCAAGCAUGUGGUCUUUGGCAAGGUGAAAGAGGGCAUGAAUAUCGUGGAAGCCAUGGAGCGCUUUGGGUCCAGGAAUGGCAAGACCAGCAAGAAGAUCACCAUUGCUGACUGUGGACAAAUCUAAUAAAUUUAACUUGUGUUUUAUCUUAACUACCAGACCAUUCCUUCUGUAGCUCAGGAGAGCACCCCUUUACCCCCAUCUGCUUGAAAUAUCCUAUAAUCUUGGUGCUCUUGCUACAGUUCUUUGGGUUCCAUAUUUUCCUUUUCCCCCUUCAAGUCUAGCUGGCUUGCAGAGUUAAGUUUAUGAUUAUGAAAUAAAAACUAAACAACA